GCGGCCAGUCCAGACGAGGGAGCGUGCGGGAGCCGGCGCACUCACGCAGCGGGCAUCCGCCUUCCUCGGAGGACUCUGGCCCGCGGGGCCCCGGGAGGAGGACGAAUCCCCGCGGGACCGCCGAGCGGUCGCGCACCUCGACCGCGCCACCCUGCGCGUCCCCGAAGGCGUUCCCGGCCACCUAGACUGGGGCGGCAAGACUUUCCUCGCCCUCCUCCGGGAGUACCCCGAGCGGUGUCGCCAGCUCCGCCGCCGCAGGCAGGAACCCCGUCUCCACGCGCUGCACAAGUUUCGGGAUUGGCUGCGGGAGGAGUCUGCCUCGGGGAACCCCUUUGGAGGGGGGCCAGUCGCUCUGACCCCCGGGGGGGAGGAGACGGAGGACGACCCGGCGGACUUCAUCCCGGCCGGGCAGGAGGCCUCAGGAUGGACGGUGGAGGGAGCCUCCGAGGUGCCCCUCGCGCCCCGCCUGGAGCCGGACGUCAACCCGCGACUCUUGGUCGCGGUCGACACCGCCAACGGAGGCAUGACGUUCCAUGGGUCCGACUUCCGGGUCAAGUACCUGCAGGUCGCCCGCACCCUCGGACUCGACUUCAUAAGAGGCCUCCGGGUGGACGAGGAGCCCCACCUGGUCCCGGGACUCGGGCAGGGCAGCGCCCAAGCACGCCGGGUCUGGAACUUCCGCCUGGCGGCGAACGGGAGGGAGUACACCAUCCGUUCGGCGGAGCUGCGUGGUGCCGACCUCCGGGACAUGGACCUGACCCUGGGGGUCCCAGACCAGCGGUACCUCGGGAUGGACAUUCUCCAUUCGCAGGGAGUUAUUGACCUCUGGGAGCUUGGCGCCCGGGGGCUGCCGAUCGUCCAGAACGCGUCAGGCCACGUCUGUUACACGGCGACCCUGCCUGCCCCCUCAGGGGGCCUGCCUGCUCGCCCCGGACAGUGGAAGGCCUGGCGGGACCCGACCACGGAGAGCCUGACCCUCUACCCCUUCCACGCGGGCGGAGCCCCCUCGGGAAGGGGGGGCGCCCCCGCGGGCGCGACCGAGGUGGGGGGGGGCCCACCCGCGCGCGCUAUGAACCCCCUGCAUCAGGAGGCCGUGGCGCAGAUGCAUAGGGACCUGCUGGCUAUGGGCCGACCGGAGGCGGCCGCCCUCCUGCUCAGGCUGAUCCUUCAGGAUGAGGGACCGCCCCCUGAUGCGGACGUGGAGGACGGGAUCGGCGACCCCCGGACCCACAUCCGUGGGGGGCCGACCCUGGUCGUCCGGGGGGCGGAGAGGUCCCAUGCCAGGACGACGGAGGGGGGGGCGAUCCGCAACUUCCAGAGGGGCGGGGAGUGGCACUCCAAGUUCUGGCACGACUUCGCGCGGCGGUGCUGGAGCAGCGACUUCGACCUUGACCGGGCCCUGGACGUUGCCCGCGCCUUCCUGUCCCAGGUGCGGGGCCACCUCGCGGACUACCCCCCGGACUUCAGGGCGAGGCAGCACCUGUACCGGCAGCCCGCGGAGGUGGCCCGGAGGGUCCUGCGCGACUGGCACCCCUCCGACCCCGGGAUGACCCGGCACGAAAACUUCGCCAAGUACUACACGGGCCUAAUCAACCAGAAGCGGGAGGAGGUGGUGGAGAAGAUCCACCAGGCGGCCUAUAGUGAUUACUUGGCGCGU